AACUAGUCCGUGAUCUGGCGGAGUCUCUCUUUCAACUCUGGCCACUCUCAGUGUCCCAGGCCGGGGUCUCCCCUCCCAGUCUGUGUUGGACGGGGGCGCUGAGGCGGUGGCCGGGCCCUGUCUGAGGAAGUGGGUGGGGCAUGGACUAACGCCGACCAAUAAAAGAGAAGGAAGCUACGAUUGGCGGCGAUGAACACUAAUGAGAGAUCGUCUUUACCUUGCGGAGUGCCGCCCCUCCACUCUCCCUCCUACCGCCUCCUUCCUCUGGGGGGGAAGGCGGGGCCAGAGGCCUGAAGUGUGGGGAGAACUUGGGCUCCGCUCUGCUAUAUGAAAUAUGGGAGACGACAGACCGUUUGUGUGCAAUGCCCCGGGCUGUGGACAGAGAUUUACAAACGAGGACCACCUGGCAGUUCAUAAACACAAGCAUGAGAUGACAUUGAAAUUUGGCCCAGCCCGAACUGACUCAGUCAUCAUUGCAGAUCAAACUCCUACUCCGACUAGAUUCCUGAAGAAUUGUGAGGAGGUGGGGCUCUUCAAUGAAUUAGCUAGCUCCUUUGAACAUGAAUUCAAGAAAGCUGCAGAUGAGGAGGAAAAAAAGGCAAGAGGCGGGACUUUUGCUGACAAACUGGCAGUGUUCAGUUGGAGGCUAUUUUCACUGUGCCCUAGGACUGCUGCUGGGCCCCUUGACAUGUCUUUGCCUUCCACACCAGACAUCAAAAUCAAAGAAGAAGAGCCGGUGGAGGUAGACUCGUCCCCACCCGAUAGCCCUGCCUCUAGUCCCUGCUCCCCGCCGCUCAAGGAGAAGGAGGUGGCCCCAAAGCCUGUCGUGAUCUCUACCCCCACACCUACCAUUGUGCGCCCUGGCUCCCUGCCUCUCCAUUUGGGCUAUGAUCCACUUCACCCGACCCUUCCCUCCCCAACUUCUGUCAUCACACAGGCUCCACCAUCUAACAGGCAACUGGGGUCUCCCACUGGCUCCCUCCCUCUCGUCAUGCAUCUUGCUAAUGGACAGACCAUGCCUGUGCUGCCAGGGCCUCCGGUACAGAUGCCUUCUGUUAUAUCGCUGGCCAGACCUGUGUCUAUGGUGCCCAACAUUCCUGGUAUCCCUGGCCCACCAGUAAACAGCAGUGUUUCCAUUUCUCCCUCUGGCCACCCUAUGCCAUCAGAAGCCAAGAUGAGACUAAAAGCCACCCUAACCCACCAAGUCUCCUCAAUCAAUGGUGGAUGUGGAAUGGUGGUAGGUACUGCCAGCACCAUGGUGACGGCCCGUCCGGAGCAGAGCCAGACCCUCACCCAGCCCCCUGACGCCCCAUCUCCUGCCCAGCCACAGGUCUCCCCAGCCCAGCCCACUCCCAGCACGGGAGGGCGACGGCGACGCACAGUGGAUGAAGACCCUGAUGAACGGCGGCAGCGUUUUCUGGAGCGCAACCGGGCUGCAGCCUCCCGCUGCCGUCAGAAGCGGAAGCUCUGGGUGUCCUCCCUCGAGAAGAAGGCAGAGGAACUCACUUCUCAGAAUAUUCAGCUGAGUAACGAAGUCACGUUGCUACGCAAUGAGGUGGCUCAGUUGAAACAGCUACUGUUAGCUCAUAAAGACUGCCCGGUUACUGCACUACAGAAAAAGACCCAAGGCUAUUUAGAAAGCCCCAAGGAAAGCUCAGAGCCAACGGGUUCUCCGGCUCCUGUGAUUCAGCACAGCUCAGCAGCAGCCCCGAGCAACGGCCUCAGUGUUCGCUCUGCAGCUGAAGCUCUAGCCACCUCGGCCCUCACUCAGAUGGCCAGCCGAAGGACAGGACUGAGCAUGCCGACACAGUCGCAUGUGAUCAUGACCCCACAGUCCCAGUCUGCAGGCAGAUGAUGCCUCCCCUGGUGGAGAGGUCCCCGGCCAGAGCUCGCCCGCCCAAGAGCCAAGAGACGUGUCAUCUUCUCGCCUCCCAUCUGCCUUGGACAUGGCAAUAUGGGGGGGAGAUUGUGUGUUGUGAGUAACGGACAGAUGUGGGGCUUUUCGGCCACAUGGUCAUGUACAUUGACACCUGUACUAGGAGCCUCCCAGCCCCAGAGCCACAUAGAUCAUCCCCUAAGGGGGCAGUUUCUGAUGUACCCACAGCCAAAGGCCUUUCCAGAUGGUCCGAACAAUCACCCCUGCCCAUGCAUGUGUAUGUGUCUCUUAACACUAACCCUUGCACUUCUAGGUUUUGGGUUGCUCCGUCCCCUCUCCUCCCACUAAGCCAUGGCUGUGGCCUCCCUGCUGCUUAGCAGCACAGCACUUCCUGCUAGAGGGAGGCUGGUGUUGAUGGCGGGUCAUCACUGGCCCGCCCCAGCCACCCGGUGGGCUCCGGACUUUGUCUCCCAUUAGCUGCUUAUUUUACCCCUUGACCCCCUUCCUGAAGUCUAGUUCAAACAUUCACUAAUAGUGAAUGUAAAAUUACCCUUGAUGUAUGAAUUAGCAGUAUUUUCCAGCUCUUCCAUAAACUUUAGUCCUUCUCCCUACCUGCCACCAAAAAAACCCCAAAAACAAAUCAAAACCAAAAAAAACAAAAAGAAAGAAACAAAACCCCAAGAAUUCUAAUCCUUUUUCAGCUAUUUCCAGAGCUAUUUGGGUACCUCGUUUUGUGUCUUGAGUUUUUGCAGUCUACUGGUGGGGCCUUUUCCACCUCCCACUAAGCCUUGGCCAGUUCAUCUUGUGGCCUUAUUAGCUCUUGCUCAUUAGUGAAAAGGGAAAGCGCCCCGGGUGUGACUGGCUGAUCCCCUGCCUCUUCAGUCCAGCCUCCUGCAGUGAUCGUUAGGGCAGGCAGGAAUGGGAGAGUUUGAGGCUCGUUCUAUCAGGUUACUGGAUUGAUUCUUUUAUGUCUUACAAGAGUUUACUGGCCGAAGCAUACAUAACUCCUUUUGGUCGUCUGUCCGCUCCUGUCUCUCCCUCUUUGUUCCCCUGCCCGGGUCACUGCCUCUGUGUCUCUCCAGGUGCAGCCCUCUGGAUCUGUGUGUAGGGCACUCUUGCACUCCCUUGCUCUUCUCCCAUCUCCCAGCGUCACCCAGCUGUCUUCUUUUCCGGGCUAGGGUCUUCUGUUCACAAGUGUCCCUCACCCUGGAUCUCCCUUCUCUGGUUCACCAGGCUCCUCGGCUAGCCGCUGGGUCUUUCUGUUCCUGUAGUAUUUCUUCAGGUCUCCUCUGCUUUCUGCCCCCUAGAUGCAGCGUGUCCCCAGAGUCCCAGCCCCAGGACUCUGAGGCAUCGGAGCCAGGGUCCUGAAUGGAUUUUCUUGAGGGUAAGGAAGGAUGGGAAGAGGCCGGAGAGAGGAGGUGCGGUACCGACCUCAGCAGAGGAGCCCUGCUUGGUGAAGGUCUGGCCUGCCUGGGAAAUUGGUGACUAUUGCUCUCAGCCAUUCUUACUGUGAGGAGUUAGGUUACAGGGGGAGAAUUCACCCCCCUUGCCCCUCUUUCUUCCCCAUUAAGACUUCUCAUCUUCCUUUGGCUCUGAACUAUGCAAUUUCUACCAGGGCCAUAGGAAGCAAUCCAAAGCCAGAGGCCUGUGGAUAGAUAGGUCAGCUUUAAUAGCCUGUCAGUAUGAUUCCCUUCCAGUUGUCCCAGAGCCACCUUCUGCCAUCUGCCCAAGCCAAGAAUGUCCUUUUCUCCCUCUCUCCUACCUCCAUCUUAAAUUUACAUACAGAAUAACUGCCAGCUUCCUUUCUUAGUUUGUCUUCCAAAAUUGGCUGUCAUGGGGGGGGGGGAAUGAGGAAACGUUCUAAGCUACACGAUUCCCAUCUUCUCAGAGUGAUACACUGGUGAGCCAGUCAGAGGACACGUUCUAUUACGUCUGUUUUUAAUUUCCCCUCCUGCUUUUCAGAGCCGGUGCUGAACAAGACACACCUGGUGAAGAGAAAGGAGAGAAAACGUGGUUUUCUCAUCCUCUACCACCUGGGACCCAACAGGAACAGCCCCUGAGGUGACUCAGUCGAGCAAAUGGCAUGGCAGAUGGUCAGGAAGCCAGUUACCACCUCCAGGGACUCCAUUUGCCUUUAACAGUUCACAGCCAUAACUUGUACUCAGGACUUUUCCCUUCGACGGCUGCGCCCUGGGGCUUUCUUCUGCUUUAGUUGUGUUUCAUUUUGUAUUUUCUUGAUUUCCCACCAGCAGCCUUGCCCUAAAGCUUGACUGAGUUUAUGGCUCCUAAGGAGCCCUCGUAAGACCCUUGACUGUUUUUCUUCCCCCUUUAGUCAAGUGUUUUUCAAGUUAAGAAUCCGUUUGUCACUGGACUCAUGCCCUGCCUUACUGCCUGGCCUUGGAGGAAGUUUGAGUCCUACCUGUCUAUCCCUUUGUAGGAGAGCUAAUUUAUUUAGAGGGUCUUAGUUUCUUAGUCCCCAUGUCUCAUUCGCUUAAGGCCUUUUUUCAUUUUCAUUGGUGGGAAGUUAUUGGGGACCUAAAUGGGGGGCAUUGCCAGAACCUUUGUAGUAAAGCAGUAGGAAGGAGCAGGACAGAAGCCCCCAGACAGCUCUUUGGUUGGUCCGUGGCCUCACUAAGAAGACCGAGCAGUUGCUUACCCUGAGACUCUGUCAUAGUUAAGGGGAAUGUCACCUACCUUGUUAUUGCUGCCAGCCCUGUGGCCACUCUCCUUUGCUUUCCAGACUCAUCUGGACCAGAACCAAACAUCAUGGAGGGUGUCACUUAGCCCUUCUUAAUGACCAUGGCCUUUCUAGGGGCCUGAGGGAAGAUACUUUCUGAAAGGAGCUUCGAGUAUGGAUGCCUCGGGACUCUUCUGAGUGAACACAAGACUCAGGCGUCCCACCUCACCCCAGAGACACAGCUGGUAGAUAACCAAGGCCACAGAGAAAGGUACCAGACCAGGUCUUCUGCUCUGCAGAUUUUUGCCCUAUUCCUUUAAAAGAAAGCUUGCUCAGAGUUGAAAAGUCUGAGGAAGCUUCCCUCACUGCUUGAGAAAACUAGAAAAAUAGGCCCUCCCUUACUUACUCUUUCCCUGUUGGUUAGACACCCUAAAUCUGGCUUUCUUCAGCCUCCACUCCUCUCCUUGGCCCUAAGCGCUAGACCAUACACACUUGGUAGUGGUAAACAAGGACAUGGCCUCGCUGAACCUCAUCCACCUUGCCGCCUCCCCUGCGCCUGUUCUGUUGUUCUUGGCUCCUGUCCUGAUUCGCUGCCCUCCGGCACCACCCAUCCUGGCUGACAGGGUACUUAACCAUAACCAUGCCCUGUCUGUAGCCUGAGCCACCAAGCAGACACCAAAAUACUCCUCCUGUGGUUUCUGAGGCUUCCCUGCUUCACACUGAGAGGCUCCUUUAAAGGUGCUAGCCCUGAGACCGCCCUUCCCCCGAAAGUUCCCCUUUUCUUUCAUGACUUCCUUCCCAUCCCCAAAUCAUUCUUUUCAUUAAUAUUGUACAUUGUAUACACAGGAAGGAAAUGUAUUCUUUUUUCUCUUUAAUUUCAUAAUCAGUCCGUUUAGAAUCCAGUCCUCCUAGUUAUAUCGCAUAUAUCUUUGUUGAUAUGCUCUUUCUGCUUUCUUUAGACUUUUGUUGGACAGGGGCGGAGGGAGGAACAGGACAGGUGAGGACCCUAAGGCAGAUAGAGGAUCUCCCAUCCUACUUCAGCCUCCCACAGCCCUAAUCAUCCCUCUCAUAGUGUAGAAAUGAUUUCUCUGUGUUUGCACACAUGCAUGUACACACAGACAUAAAUCCCCAUCCACCCAUCCCUGAGUGGUGACCCAGCAGGAAUGAGCACCGGCUGCUGGCCACCAUUCCCCCCUUCUGUUACCAGGUCGCUGGUCACUCUUUGGGGUACAGUGCCACCCCAGACGGAGACAAGGCUGGGGGGAGUAGGGCAGGUUGAGGCAGCUGUGUCCUCUGUAGAUACAGCUUUGCGUUGUAGCUGCUAGGGUUUAUUUCGUUUCUUCAGUGGGAGGCUGGUAGCACCGAGCUCUCUCGCCACCAUUAGCUACUGGUGAGUGCUGUUUUAGCACUAGUUUCACCGACUUCCCCUUCGGGUGGUGGUUCUCAGGAUGUGGUCCAGGACCAGUAGCACCAGCAGCACCAGCAUCUGGGAGCUCGUUAGACAUCACAUUUGGGCCCCACCACAGACCUAUUGAAUCGAAAACUCGGGCUGGGUUCCAACAAGCACUCCACGUGAUUCUAACGCACACUAAAAUGUGAGAACCAUUGCCUUAGGGGCAAGCUGGGACAUCCUUGUAGGGUGUCAGGGAUAUUUUAAGUACCAUCCUCUGCCUUAGCACGAGCACAUUUUCCAUUUCCUCCAGUCCCUCUCUCCACCCCCAUUAAAACAAAACCACGUCAUUCAUCUCAAAAUCUAGGUUUGUCUUCCUUCUGUUUCCCCCUAACACCUGUCCUGCCUUGGUCUGGACAGGAAUUGUCCCAUGUUCCCUUGCGGACUGAUCACUCCACAUUCUUUGUUACAGGAAGACCGGCUAGAGCUCUAGUUGUCCUGUACACACACACACACACACACACACACACACACACAC